AUGUCCACAGAUGCAAUUACACCACAGCUGAGGCAGAAGGUAUUAGAACAACUGCGCGAAGUAACUUCAGCACGCAAACUCCCAAAGUCUCCUGAAGAAAUUGAAAAUCUCAUGCUUGAAAAGUCACAUGGUGUUAAAAAAACGUAUCUUAAUCUCUUAUCUAAGGUUAUCAACUCAGGUGCUGGUGGAUCCAGUGGAUCAGCCAAUAUUCAUGUUCCUCCAAAUGAUUCCAAUAUUCAAAUGCAAUCUGUUGGAAGUAAUUUUCAAAUAAAUGGGCAACAACAACUAAUGAAUACCCAGAUCAUUUCUCUACCACGUUCUGGGCCCACUUCAGUUCAAUCACAUCCUCAAAUCCUCCAAGUUAUGUCACAAAGUAUGCAACAAAAUCAUAGUCCAAUCAAUCGCCCCAGAUACACUAUCAGUUCACAUCCUGUCCAACAGCAAUAUCAGUCAUAUUCUCAGAAGGGUAUCAUUCAACAAGAUGGUACUAUUAUUGGAUCACAAUCAACACAUUGUGUUCCAAUCUCAACGAUGGCCAAUCGUGUUAUUUUGCCGUCAGGUGUUACAGUCACUCAGUCAGGUCAAAUUAUUCAGUGUACCACAGGAUCUGGCCAGCAACCAUCAGUCCUUAUAUUCCAACAACCUCAGUCACAAUCUAUGUCACAAAUAACUUCUGUGUCAUCUGUUGAUCAGUCUCUUUCACGUCAGGCAGUAAUUAAUGCACAGGCUACGGGACCAUCUGGCUCCCUUAAACCAGGUUGUCAGCAAGAUAACGUUUACGUGACAACAUCUAGUCCAAAUGCUCUACUCAUUCGAACAUCUAGCUCUGGUUGCCUUACAGUUAUUAAUCCAACAGGUACAAAUAGUGAUUCAUCUCAUAUUGUUAAUACUGGGCAACAAUCACUACAAGGUAUUUCUGAUACUUCAUCAACAACAAUACCGUUUACUGGGACAACAACUGUUUCAAAGCCUAUUCUAACGGUGCUACCAGGUCCACCUGGUACACAAACAAAAAUUAUUCGUCCAGCUGUAUCUCAAUCAUCUAAGAUUGGAAUUCUUCCAAAUAAUCAAAUCCAACCACGACCUAUAGCAUCAGUUAAUCAACAAUAUCAACCAAGAUCUAGUAUACAACCAAAUAGCAACAAUACAUCUGGAAUAUCAAAAGUGAAAGGUUAUACACAAGCUGAGGUACAACAGUCAUUUGAUAAAGACAAUAAAACACCUGAAAUAUCAGAUAAUAAUAAAAAGGUUGGAGAAGUGAAAUCUACUGAAGUUCAAGCUCAAAUUAUCAAUGGAUUAACGGAUAUUGCUAAUCGUUAUUUAUCAACUGUUAAACAUGCUAUUCAGUUAGCCUCUAAACGACCUGAAGCUGCUGGUUGUGUUCGUAAAUAUAUUAAUUAA